AUGAAUUUAGAUUUGGUAAACCUGGAACACAACAGAAGGUGGGAGGAAAGAUCAGGCCAUACCACAAUUCCAAAAGGGAAAAGCAUCCGAGGCCUGGUUCUGGCGGCAUCGACACCAACUUUCGGGGCUUCUCCAGAUCGCAUUGCCACAGAGUGGGCCUCUCAACCAUUUCCCAAGCGGCACAAGGACUGUAUCCUCGAGGUCUGA